CAUUUUCUAUGUAGCUUUCACACCACCCCACCUCACCAUCUAGUCGUUAACAUGAUCUCCUUCAAAAAGCUUCUCGCCUACACUUCUUUCAAUCCUUUGUACCAGUAGUUAUAAAUAGCUUCUUUUCGUUCUUCUUCUAACACCCUACCCCUUCUCCUCCUUGCUUUUGUUCAUCAAAAUAUAUCCUAUCCAGUCCAAUCCAAUCCAAUCUGCUCAACCAUGUUGGCUUCUACAUUGGACUUGCUCACUCAGGCUGCUUCCAAUUCUCUGCUUGUUUUCUGCUUCUGCAAUUUGAUUAUAGUCAUAAUCUUCAUGGGGUCGAAACCAGGCUCUUACUUUGAGCAAGAAAGUGAAAUUCCAGUCUCGAUGGUCACCAGCAGCUACAAGUACAACAGAAACAACACAAAUUGUAAACAAGUUGAUGAUGCUAAAUGUAAGCAGGAGGAGGGUACUUUGGUCAAUCCAUCAGAUACUGUUUUCAGCCAAGUUUCAUCAAAUGCCAAGAAAGAACUUGCCACUGCCAGUGAUGAAAAGGACAGCAUCAUCAGCCAUCACAAUGACAGCAAGAAGUGCGACAAUGAUGAUGAGCUGAGAAGAAGAGCGGAAGAGUUCAUUGAAAAAAUGAACAAAGGAUGGAAGGCAGAGUUGUCGAGAACUUCACAUUUAAUCUAAAGGGGCUUGCAUAAUAAAUUUGUAUUAGCUUGGUUUUUGGUCAUCAUCAAGCUUAAAAUUUUGUACAUUAAUUGUAACUCCGAUGUGGUUUACUGAGGAAAAUUUAAUUUUAAUCAUUAGAAAUAGAAAUGUUCUUAGAAUUGUCGGCCCCGGAAAUGAAGUCUGCAACUGCAAAUCUUCUGUGAAAUUCUCGAUCCUGUCCUGUAUGUUUCGGAGGGUAACUUUGUUCAAACUUAUAGAUUAACAAAACGUAA